UUUGCAGAGACCAGAACCAACCUUUCCAAGCUUCUGCCAUCCUGGACUAGGAACCAGCUGCAAUCCAGAAAACUUCCUUCCAAAAUUCCAGCUCCAGGUUGAGUCUGCUGACACACCACACCCUGUGGCUGACCAUCUCCAGUGUCACGUACAUUAAAUUAACCUCACUCCUACUGUAAUCUGCUUACUGCACUGACCAUGCCUGGGUGGAGAUGCCUGGUGACUGGAGCAGGAGGGUUUUUGGGCCAGAGGAUCAUCCAGUUGUUGGUGCAAGAAGAAGAUCUGGAGGAGAUCAGGGUCCUGGACAAGGUCUUCAAACCAGAAACGAGGAAGGAAUUCUUCAACCUAGGGACAAGCAUCAAGGUGACAGUGUUGGAAGGAGACAUUCUUGACACCCAGUAUCUGAGGAGAGCCUGCCAGGGCAUCUCAGUGGUCAUCCACACAGCUGCCAUCAUUGAUGUCACAGGUGUCAUUCCCAGGCAGACCAUCCUAGAUGUCAAUCUGAAAGGUACCCAGAACUUAUUGGAGGCCUGCAUCCAAGCCAGUGUGUCAGCCUUCAUCUUCUCCAGUUCAGUUGAUGUUGCAGGGCCCAACUCCUACAAGGACAUCGUCCUGAAUGGCCAUGAGGAACAGCAUCGUGAAAGCACAUGGCAUUACCCAUACCCAUACAGCAAAAGGAUGGCUGAGAAGGCAGUUCUGGCAGCCAAUGGGAGCAUGCUGAAAAAUGGUGGCACUCUGCAUACUUGUGCAUUAAGGCCCAUGUACAUUUAUGGGGAGAGAAGUCGAUCCAUUUCUAACAUAAUAAUUAAGACCCUUAAACGUAAGGGUAUUCUGAGAAGUUUUGGCAAAUUCUCCACAGCAAACCCAGUAUAUGUGGGCAAUGUGGCCUGGGCACACAUUCUGGCUGCCAGGGGCCUUCAAGACCCCAAGAAGUCCCCAAAUAUCCAAGGACAGUUCUACUACAUCUCAGAUGACACCCCUCACCAAAGCUAUGAUGAUUUUAAUUGUGCCCUGUGCAAGGAAUGGGGCUUCUGCCUUGAUUCCAGCUGGAGCCUUCCUCUGCCCCUACUGUACUGGCUUGCCUUCCUACUGGAAACUGUGAGCUUCCUGCUGAGUCCAAUCUACAGAUAUAUACCUCCCUUUAACCGCCACUUGGUCACACUGUCAGGUAGCACGUUCACUUUCUCCUACAAGAAAGCUCAGCGAGAUCUGGGCUAUAAGCCACUUGUCAGCUGGGAGGAAGCCAAGCAGAAAACCUCAGAGUGGAUCGGGACACUAGUGGAGCAGCACAGGAAGACACUGGACACAAAAUCUCAGUGAUGGGAAGAGGGUUGGGACAUGGCCCUUGGUGUUAGCAAGUCCUUCAGCAAGGACGAUACACAAGGCAGGUGCUCCUGUCUUCUUUUGACACAGAAGCCAAUUUAGUGCCUUAAUAAAGUCACCAAAAUCCUUGCCAGUCACCGACCCAGCCACAAGCCUUCUUUCUGAAGUACCUGCUCAGAGACACACAGGGAUCUGUGCCCCAGUUCCUGGGUCCAAGUUCCUCAGCAAGUCUUUUAUCUCAGAACUCUCUCCAUUAUUUUCUCUCCCCAUUCAAAGCAUGUAUAGCCUUCAAAAAAAUUCUGCUUGCUUUAUGAAGCCCAAAGCAAGAAACAAUUAUUAUUUGUCAAUACCUCAUCUGUGGAUUGUGUUUUUCUGUAAAUAAACAAUUAUAUGUUCCUUCUAUGGCUAGACAAUUUUAUGCUGGAGUCAAAAGGGGAUC